GUUUCGGUUGAGUGCAUUCGCUCCAUCAACUUGUUCGUGCUCAUCCGAAACAAGUGGCAUCCACUGUCAGUGGCGAAAUAGGGCACAUUGAGAAGCACGAAUGAGGAGGACCCACCAUGAGACUGGAAGGAUACUAUUUUCUUUUUUUGAACUUGGCUGUUUCUUCAGCAUUACCCCACCCUAUAGUAGAGAUGAAGUUAGUAGAUGUCGAUGAAAGCAGCACCAACAAAGAGGAUUUAACUCUUGAUGAUAUUCGUGAGCCUCCAGACUCCCAAAAGAGCAGCAUUGUACCUGGCAGCAAUCUGUGGACAUCCCCAGUUUCCUACGUCUUGGAUAAUGGCCUGGACUUGAAUGCCAAAGGAGUCAUCAUGAGAGCCUUUGACCAGUUCAGAGUGAAGUCAUGCAUUGAUUUUAAACCCCGUGAUUCUGAGGAAUAUUACCUUAAUAUCAAAAAGUUAGAUGGGUGUUGGUCGUAUGUUGGUAGAGUAUUCGCCAACGGACAGGACCUCUCUAUUGGUGCACGCUGUGAUACCCUUGGCAUUGUUGAGCAUGAGAUUCUUCAUGCUCUUGGCUUCUACCAUGAACAGUCUAGAUACGACAGAGAUGAUUAUGUGCAAAUUGUCUCUGCCAACAUACUACCAGGUGGAGAGCAUGCUUUCAGAAAGGUUGCCAGCGAUGAGAGCACCGUCCAUGGCACCCCAUAUGACUACAUGUCAGUGUUGCACUAUCGAAAGGAUGCGUUCACCAAUGGCGAUGGCUCAACAAUUAUUACCAUAGACCCUAAAUUCCAAGAUGUGAUCGGUCAAAGGUUUGACAUGAGUCCUACGGAUACUAAAGAGCUGAACCUCCUCUACAGCUGCAGUGAAACUGUGGCUUUUAAGUUUUUCUGUGGCUUUACUGAUGGAGCAAUGUGCAAAAUGAACCGCCGUUCAACAAAUGGAAAUAGCUGGAAAGUGGUUACAGACGUUCAUGGGGGUCCAAGCUCCGACCACACCAGUCUACCAAGUGGAAGUGGUGAUAAUGGUCAACCAAAGGGGUACUUCAUCCAUUCGAGCACAGCAUCAGGCCAGGAGGGAGAUUCAGCCAAACUGGAAACUGAGGUAGUGAAGCUGAACAGGGGAUGUAAUGUCCAGUGUCUGCAGUUCUACUAUUUCCACAGUGGAAAUAAGUUAGAUGAACUUAAUAUCUGGAUAAGAGAGUUUGAAGAUGAACAGGACACCACAGGAACUCCUCGUCUCAUGGGGCAGAUUACUGGUUCACCAACAUCUCACUGGAAGCUCCACCAUGUUUCCUUGAAUGCCACUAAGCCCUUCCAGGUUGUUUUUGAAGCUCGCAAAGGAGCAGGAAGCUCUACUGGAGGAUUCUCUGUCGAUGACAUCAAUCUCUCAGAGACAGAGUGUCCACAUGUUUUCAUACAGAUUGAUGAUCUGGAGAAUCGUUUGGACACAAGCAGCCCUGGAACCAGAAUCUACAGUCCACGACAGUACUCUAAAGACGGCUAUGCGUACCGUGUAGCUGCUAUACUUAAAAAACCAUAUGUUGGGAUGUAUGUGCAGCUCUUGUCUGGUGAAUUUGACGACCAACUGCAGUGGCCUUGCCUACAAAGACAAAUGAUUUUCCAAUUGCUGGAUCAAACUCCUAACCAACAACUGCAAAUGUCAAAACAACGAACAUUCAUUUCCACAAGUGGUUCCUCUAUUUGGGACAAUCCCAGAGAGAGUGGAAGUGGAGUUUUUUAUGAAAAUGGUGAGUUAGUCUAUGGUGGAAGUCUAUACGGGUACUCAUCUUUUACAACCUUGGAAGAACUGCAAACCAGAGAGUUCCUCAAGGGAGGAAGUGCCAUUUUGAUGUUUAACUUUGAAGAUCUCACCCCACUAAUCAGUGGAACUAGUCUACCUUGUCCUCAGUUAAGAUAAGUGACCAUAACAAAUCCUCCCCCAAAUCUGGAUGGCAUUGUCUGCUUCUGUCCUGGUAUGGUGGCCUCUCCAAUCCUUCCAGUCCUGUUGGCAUCGAUCCUUCUGUCGCAAUGAUGUAUACCUCUAAUAUAAAUUUUCUGUCUGCAAAUAGGCAGCAAAAUAGUUUGAAAUUUCUCUCAGGUAUGCAUAAACUGGCUAAAAUUGCAGUGGAGGACUGCAGCUCUAAAACUGCGAGUUAAUUCUUCAACAGCAAACUGGAAAGCUGUACAAUAUUUUAAGAAAUCAGCAUAUAAUGCCUGAACUUGUGGUUCUUAUUCAACCGUAUUUGGUGAUGGGACUGUAUUUUUAUUUAACAUGCAACUGCAAAUUAUUGCAUAUUGCAAAAGCUUGUUUGUAGCAUAAUUUUAUUUCAACUAUUGUAGUUGAAAGAUAUUGAAUUUCUGAAUAAAAUUCACAAUAUUCUGUCUUGCUUUUGCACUUGCAGUUGAACCUCACGCCAAUAAACCCGGGUGCUUGGUGGCUUAAUGGUUAAGAUAAUUUAAAAUCAAAUAUGUAUGAUCUUGUAUGAAUUUGUAGCAAAAAAAUAUAAAUAAAUU